GCUCGCAGCGACGGUACUCAGUGCGCAGUGUUACUUAAGGCUCGGUUUUGUUCGGAACUCGCGAGUAUUUUGCACGUGUCGCGAAUGCCCUUAAGCCUCUAAUCGAAUGAACGCGAAUGCUAUGCAAAUCUUGGUGGUGACCAUUGUUACACAAACGGCGGUGAUUUAAUUUUUUUCUUCUUUUUAUUGAAUAAAACAUACUAUGUAAAGUAAGCAGAAGAACGGCACCUCAUUAUUAAUAGUGAGUGGUGGUGUUUUUUAAAUUUAACUUGGAGUAGCAACAACCUAUAACUUAUUUACGGAAUUUUAGAAGACGGAAUGAGUGAUUACGAACGCAUAAGGCGUUCGUGCUUGAAGCGUGGUGAGCUUUGGGAAGAUCCAGAUUUUCCUGCAACACAAUCUUCUGUUUUUUACCAUCAGACUCCUCCUUUUCAAUUUACAUGGAAACGACCAAAGGACAUAUGUGCGCGACCUGAGUUUGUCCAAGAUGGACCGGCACAAUUCGAUAUUAUACCCGGAAAAAUGGGUGACCGGUGGUUGGUAUCAUGUUUAGGUGUUCUGUAUCUUAAUAAAGGACUAUUUUAUCGAGUGGUUCCCGCUGACCAAUCUUUUGGUCCUGAGCAAUACGCGGGAGUGUUUCGAUUUCGUGUUUGGUGGUGUGGGGAGUGGACGGAAGUAUUGGUAGAUGAUCGUCUGCCCACCGUUCAUGGCCGUUUGGCAUUUCUACAGGCCCAACAAUCUGACCAUUUUUGGCCAGGUCUUCUAGAGAAAGCUUAUGCAAAACUUCACGGUUCAUAUGAAGCCCUUAAAUAUGGAACUCUAUUGGACGGUUUGGCUGAUUUAACCGGAGGAAUAACAGAAAGUAUCCCCAUGAAACAAGAUGCAACUGUAUGCGCCCGACUUUUGCAUAAAUUCCUCGACAUGACUACAAUUAUUACCUGUACAGUACAACCACCCCCGCAGCAAAUAAGGCCUCACGUUGAAAAACUACCAAAUGGAAUUCUUGUUGGGACAAAUUAUAGGCUUUAUAGUGUCGAAAGGGUCGAAAAAUACAGUGGUGAGGCUGUUCAGUUGGUAAGACUGCGUAAUCCUUUGGGAGCAUGUUCAGAAUACGUAGGACCAUGGGCAUGUACGUCCCCAGAAUGGACAGAACUUCCUCCAUCUGAACAGGAAAGAUUACACUCACGAACAUCAUUAGAGGGAGAAUUUUGGAUGUCAUAUACUGACUUUAUUAAGACAUUUACUCAUCUAGAGGUUGUCCAUUUGGAUAGCGAUACGAGUCGGGAUGAACCAAGUUUACAUAAUAAGCAUACGUGGCAAAUGAGACUGUACCAGGGUAGUUGGCAGAAGGGUGUCACAGCGGGGGGUUGCAGGAACAAUCCUGACACCUUUCAUAUAAAUCCUCAACUUCAGUUGCUUCUGAGUGAAAUGGAAGAAGUAAUAGUUUCAUUAAAUCAACACAGCAUAAUGGAACCUAAAGUGAUUGGAUUCACAUCUUAUUCAUUACCAAAAAGCACAAUGGAAACACUUGGAAGGCAAUUUUUUAAGAAAAAUAAGUCUCUCAUUAAUUCACAAUACACAAAUAGUCGACAAAUUAGCCAUAGAUGUCAAUUGGAGCAAGGUGGUUACCUCAUCCUACCAACCACCUUUGAACCAGGACAAGAAUCCGGAUUCACUCUCAGGGUGUAUUCAAGUAAGCUACUAAAAUUAAAACUUCUGGACACAAUUCCAGCGACUAUUAAACCAGCUAUAGUGAAAGCACCUGCUGUUCUGGACGGAAAAAGUUUUAGUCAAUAUGAAGCAGUGUUUCUUCAAUUGGCUGAUGAACAUAAGACUGUGAACGCAUUUGAAUUGCAAGAAUUACUCGAAGCAUGUCUUCCUAAUGACUAUAUUAAAAGCUGUGCUUCUAUUGAAGUAUGUCGACAGGCAGUUUUGACGUUAGAUGCUACAGGAAUAGGACGACUAAAGUUUAGUGACUUCAAAGACCUCAUGUGUAGUUUAAAACAUUGGCAAACGGCCUUCAAGAGUCACACCAAAGAAAAGACCGGCGUUUUAAAAGCGGAACGGUUGCGAGACGCCCUUGUGGAUGUAGGAUUUCAAUUAAGUAACGACGUAUUGGGUGUCCUCAUAUUUCGAUACAUGAGGAAGGAUGGUACAUUGCGUUUUGGAGACUUCGUUUCGGCCAUAUUACACCUCAUUGUAGCUUUUAGUGUUUUUGAAUCAAAAGAUCCACUACAAAAUGGAACCAUCAAAUUAAGUCUACCAGAGUAUAACUACUCCAAAUAUGGUACAGAAAAACGCAACUACGUCAACAUUCGGUUACAAUUUACAAUGUACCGAAAGAAACAGUAAAAAUCGGUCCAUUUAAAAAAAAAUCAAUGUUACAUGUAACGAAAGUAAAAAGAAAGGUUCGAGAUAUUUAAAACCACAAAAACAUUUUUUCUGGAAGUUAUUUAAUACGAGUUUACUACUGGCGGUUUAUAAGAAAAUUUCGCGGUAGAUUCAUUUAUAUUUCUAACAAGGCCCUUAAAUUUGAACUUUAUAUAAAAUGUUAAUAAAUAUUACGUUACAGUUUGCUCUUUUAAUAUGAUAAUAGCGAAUAUAAAUAUAACUGUUGUUCCACAUUUUUGUAAAAAUUCAAAAAAUUAGAAAACUUUCUUAUCUGAAGACUUUUGAGACUCAAAAGGCUUUGCAUAAAAAGUAAAAUUCAGUGAAUAACCAAACUGAAAUGUUAACUUAUAAAUUCACCCUUCCUUUUAUGUGAAUUAUUCUUCUAAUAUAUAAGUGAAAUGUACUUAUGUAUUAACUCUUAUAAUAUAAAGAAAUCUUAGCCAAAGGGGUUGUAAAGCUUUUAUUAAUUUAGAUCCAAGACCAACGUUUCAGAUCUUUGUAAGACGUAGAAGGCUUUAUCAAGAAGCGAAACGUUAGGGUUAGUUUUAAGUUAAUAAAAACUUAACUACCCUUUUUUGGCUCUGAUUUCUUUAGAUUACGAAAUCAAAGAAGAAGACUUAAAGUGUGCCAAUUGUGAAAAAUUCCCCAAAAGUUUAAUAAUGAAUAAAAUUAUCACUGUCUUUUUUGGUCAUUUUAUUAAAUUUCAGAGUCGUAUUAUCUUAAUCGACAUCCAAACUUGCCUUCCCACAGUCUCUCGCAUUCUACCCUGUAAAUCAUGUUUUUAAAUUCUGCAUGAAAAUUUGUCUGUUUUUGAUGUAUCUAUAUUAAUCCAUUAAUUACGUGUGCUCAGAAUAGGGGGAGGGGGUCCAACGAAAUAUCACCAAAUCUCGUUUAAACGGAGGGGCGGAUAAUCGAAAAACUCACGUCAACUUCAAAAAAUAUAAAAUAUUACAGAUAUUAAAAAAAAAAAAUAUUUUGAGUGUGGACGAAAGUUUGGAGUGGAUAGAUGAAGAAAACGUAGACGUUUCCAGUGACUGUCUUCCUGCACUACCAGAAAUCCGAGAUGACAUGUGUCCAAUUAUUUCGAUCGAAAAAGUACACGAGUCUCCAUGGAUUGAGUAAAAAUUAAAAAAAAAGUGUUGUAAUCUGUUUUUACUUUUUUUAAAUUAAGUUUAAAAUAUUUUUAGCGUCAAUCUCACGUGGGGGGGGGGUCCUGACAAAUCUCAAGUCUAAAAUGACCGAAAAAGAGCUCACGUAAUUAAUGGAUGCCCUCUAAUUAAUAAAUAUUACAAAUCAUAAGACUGAUUAAAACCUUUUUGGGACUUAAAACUGAAUACUUUGAGCUAUCCACGUCCACUUUUUUUAUAUAGAAAAGAACCUUGUAACUAUCAAAAUAAAAAUUAAAGAAACUACUUUUUGCAAGAUUUUUAAUCCGAAUUAAUCAGAUAAUAUUUUCGGAGACGAAUAAUUCCUCGAGAAAAACUAAGACA